GCUCACCUUUAGAAUAUCUCUGUUAUAAAGUGAACGAUGAUAACCAGCUGAUACAACUGCCUAAUUACAUGUACAGUGACGAACGUUCUCCAUAAAUAUAUAUUUUCUCUCAUUUUUUAUACAUUAUACAUUAUACCCAUAGUGCCUUUACACUACUGUUUAAAAAAGUGGAUAGUGUUGGCGGCUUAAAUUUUUUCAAAUUGUUAUGGAGACUCUCGAAGACCUUACAUUCUAUUUUUACGUAUCCUGCGGGAUCGUGGCAGCGGCUUUAAUCGUCCUUUUCAUUUUCGUCACCAUUAUUUUCGUCCGAUUAAACAGGCUGAUAUCCGACAAGUCAAAUCAACUUGCUCGACAAAAAGAAAUGAUGGCAGAUUUUUGCUAUACAAAUCCCACAAUAGUUCCUGGCGAGGAACUUUCCAGGAGAGGAUUUUCAAUGUAUAGUGGUACGAAUCAUCAUCACUUUGCCACUGACGAAUUUGAUAUUGUUAACGGUAAAGAUUACACACACCAAGACGAGGGAAGAUCCAAAUUUUGAUACCUCUCAUCUCUCAAAUCCACGUACGAAAAGAUGCUUAAACAGAAUUAAAGAUAAUAAAAUUGACAAAAAAAACAGGUAAAUUAAUUAAAAAAAAAUAAAUAAAAAACGAAAGUAAAUUACCAAAGUACAAAAUCCAGUGACGAUGAAAAUAAACGGAGAGCAGCUUGAUGAAUAAAUGAAAUUUAGUUUUUAAUUUU